AUGCUGUUCGCAGCUAGUGCGACCGCGCAAGUAACAACCUCAUUCUGGAUGCCCCGUUUCUACCAGCCGGUAGAACACAUUGGCUGGGUUGGAUCCGUCGUCAACGCCAAUGGAACACAUACCACCAUCGUCGCUGACUACGACAACGGCACUGAUACCUCUGCUCUCAGUUUAGCCGGUGGCCCAUUGACCAUGACUGUCGGCCCUACUGUUUUCGGCAUUGACAUUCCACUUCCAGCUGGAAUCGGUGGAAUUCUAGGCGACGACGACGGCGACAAAUCCUAUAACUAUUUCUGCAACUGGCCUACCCCAGAUGAGGCCGACUCGAACCGCACAUGUACUAUAUCCUAUUCUGCGGAGCUAGUCGGUCCGCUUGUCUGUGCCGGAACGGUUUACGCCUCGACAUCGGAGGAGACGCUCACUUAUACGCAUACCUAUCCUGCGCGCGGAUCGGACCCAGCCGGUACCGAAACUGCGGAAUUCACCUUGACCUUACCCUCUGGCUCCGAGACUCUCUCUCGCACUAAUUUGCCGUCUGUUUGCAGCGAGCUUUCGAGCGGUGAGGAAGCUGACGAGGGAUACUCCUUCUCGACACCCUAUCCGGCGUCGGAUCUGGAGACCUAUUACCUUGUUCUUACUGCGGGGACGGAGAAGCUGGACGCGACUCAGGCGGCCACUCCUACUCUGUCGAGUGCUGCGUCUACCGGCACCGGAGAUGCUGCUGAGACGGGUCCCUCUGGGAGUGCGGCGCAGCCUGAAGCGACUGAGGGCGGCGCACCGAUGGCUACCGGUGCGCCUAUGUUGAUGGGACUUGGCGCUGCUAUCGCUCUUUUUGUUUGA